AAGUGAUUAAUGUGGUAAAUAUUGAUACUAUCUGACACUGGUAUCUUAAAAUCUCUAUAACCAUGCCAGUUCCCUUUAAUCAGCUGGGUUAUAUCCCAGUGAUUCUUCUGUUUGUGUGUUUCAGGUGUUAUUUCAGUUUUUAUUGAAGAUGUUGCAGACCUAAGCAAUCUUUUCUACUUAUUAUAUCUGAAAUCCAGUUACAAGUCCUGUAUGGGGACUCUGAUUGCUCCUCAGUGGGUGAUAACGGCAGCACACUGCUUCUUACCAGAUCUCCAGGUUAUCUUAACUGGUGGAGCCAUCACUUUUCAAGAGUUUAUUGGGGAAAUUCUGCCUUAUGAGGAGGUCAUUGUUCACCCAAAUUUCACUUUCACUUCUCCUAAAAAUGAUCUUAUGCUGAUAAAGUUGUCUGUACCUCUCACCUUCUUCUCUACCAGCAUGUUUCAGUUGCCUGUUUCCAAUGCAAGUGACAUUUCAGAUUGCUUGGUUUACACCUGGAUGGAAGAAAAAAGAUCUUUUGGAAAUACAAGAGGUUACCUGCAGAGCUUCAUGACUGAACUGAGUAUUGAUUCAGUCUGCAGAACAUUACUGCAUGAAAAGUUUUUUGAAGACUUGUUCUGUAUGGGACGCUUAAGAAAAAACACAGAAGAAUGCCAGGUGACCACAGGUGCACCAGCCACAUGUGGCGAUAAAUUACAAGGAAUUAUGUCUUGGACAACUGGAUGUUUUCCGACAGAUCUUUCUGCUGUCUUCAUUAACAUCUACAGCCACAUUCCAUGGAUCAAGAACGUUAUUUCUACAUAAGCUGAUUGGCAACUCCAUUGACACCCUCGCUACAUCCCAGCUGAUCCAUGGAAACCACAUUCUGUAUCUUAGUCCCAAUUUUUCCUAGCAUCUAGGCUUGAGUGGAGUGUCAAAAGAAAUCAUUGAUGACUCCUUGGUGUUGACAUUUCUCUAGUUUCUUUAGCUACUUCUUUGCUUAUUCCCAGCUCACAAACAAGUGUUUAUAUAACAUUGAAAACAUGGAUGCUGGUCUCAAGAAGUGUAGUCCUACUAACUCAGAUACUUCUGUUAAAACACUGCCUGUUUUAUCCUAAGAACACAGAAGACAAGUGGGUAUGAGGAACAAUAACUACUAGGAGUCUGUCUGGGCAUGAUGCGAAUCACAUAACUGAGUAGUAAUUGGCUGAAAUUAGUUAGAAGAUUUAGUAAUUCUUCUAGUGACCAAAUGUCUCCUGGGUGAGUGAGUGAGUGAGAGAGAGAGAGAGUGUAUGUGUG